UUAGAAUUAUUGAUUGGGCUCACCCCAACCCCAACCCCAACUGAAAGCGACUGCAAGUAACUUGUGGUGUACCUGUGUUGUGCUACCUUUUUUUCAUUUAAUUUAUUUUUCUUGAUUUGUUCUUGGGGCUCUCCUAAAAUUUGGAUCAUUAUAGCUAAUCAGUUCAUAAAAGCAUUUCCUUCGUGGGAUUUACAAACCGAUAGUGAAAUAAAUAUUCAGAAAAAAAUGAACGUUAUUACCAAAAAAGAAAAGAAAAAAAUGAACGUAUUAAUUUCCUCCCUUAAUAUAUAUUUAUAUUUAAUUUCUUUCCAUUGGGUAGAGGGGGGAAAAAGAAGAGAAAGGCAAUACAUAAUAAAGUGAGAGAGACUCCCUAUGCGAUUUGCCUGCUGCUUUCUUUCUUGCCCUCCUUUUUCUCUCUCCCCCUCUCUCUGAUUUCUGUCUGUUUUCUCUCCCUUUAAUUUCCCCCGUACGUGUCGUUCUCGUUCAUCUCUUUUAACACCAAGAAGAAGAAGAAAAAUGGUGGAUGAUGAAGAUGAUAAUGAUUUGCAGGCGGCGGCAGUAGUGGUGUGCUGCAUGUGCGGCGAUGUGGGGUUCUCGGAGAAGCUGUUCCGCUGCCACAAAUGCCGCCACCGUUUCCAGCACUCGUACUGCAGCAACUACUACAACCAGUUUUCGGAGGCGGUGGAGCAGUGCGAUUGGUGCCGGAGCGAGGAGAGGAGGGCGGCGCCUUGGAGGAAAUCGCUGGACGGCGGUAGCCGAUCCCACUACUCCGGGCUGAAGAUAAAGCAGCAGCAGCAGGAGGAGGAAAGUACAAGCAGGGAUGAUGGGACGAGGCCGUCGCCGGCGGCGAGGAAUCACGGCGGGCUGCCAUCUCCCAAGCCUUCAACUCGGAGAUACAAGCUACUUAAGGACGUCAUGUGUUAGUUAGUUAGGUCGCUUUGUUUUCGCUUUCUCUAGACUCUAGUGUGAUAUGUCAUGUUAUAUAUAAUUAUAUAUAUAGAUAAUCAUACUUUCUUUUAGUGAUUAGGGAGGAGUGGGUGAGGCUGUGGCUAGCUGUUUAAUUAGAGAUGAGAAGAACUGGGUAGCCUUUUUGGGGUUCUGUUCUACUCUGCUCUGCCUGCUCUCUGUUUGUCUGUUCUCUUAAUAAAAUGAAUAUAAUAAUAAUAAAAUAUAGUUAUGGUGGAGCAAAAAUCUCUCGUCUCUCUUGAGUUCAGUUGCUGUGUGGCUGUGGAGGUGGAGGUGGAGGUGGUGGUGGAUUUUUACUGUACGACUGAUCGGUGGCACAAUUUCUCAAGUUCCUUAAUUUGCUCAAAUGAGCACCUCGACCAAACUUGCAAAGAACAAUAAAGGGAAAAAAAUUUUUAUAUGAAACACGCCCUAAUUUAAUUCGUACAUUUGUUUAGGUUACUAUGGGAUUGAUGAAUCAGUUGCAAGGUUGUCAAUCCGCGGAUUGACCCGGAUCCGGUUGAUCCAGUGGGUUAAGGGUUAAUGGGUCACCCGUUUUAGUCCGGUUUAGCCCGGAAAUAUGGAUAGCGUCAUUGUAUUGUACUUAUCCUGAUAAAUUAUAUCAAAUCUCAUCUAACAUAUGAGUUAUAACAUAUAAUAAUACACCAAAAUAAAAUUCCGUACUUAGAUUCAACAUAUAGUGAAAAUUCACACACACUUAUAUAACAUUAAUAUUCAAAUGUUCAACUUAGGAUUCCAAAGAUUGAGUUAGGCGAAAAGAAAAAUCAGAAAAUAGGCGAAUUUCGCAAAACAAAGAAAAAAAUGACACAAUUUGACUCCAACCCAAGGUCGACCUGGCGGGUGCGUGCGACCCGUUUUCCUCACCGGAUCAGGGACAAAGUGGGUCAACCCGCGGGUCGACCCGUGGGUUGACAACCUUGAUCAGUUGUCUACCAUUACCAUGCACCUACUCUCACAUAAAUAUAUGGAAUGACUUGCUGCUUGCUUAAUUUAUACAAAAUAAAGGUUGAAUGAUGAUAAUCACACUCACACUCACAAAAUGGCUAGCUAGUAGAAGUAGAAACAGGUUAUUGAAUGGGCGAAGGGGAAGUGAGCAAAAGCUGUGGAUGGGUAGGGUUUUGUUGGUUGCUGUUGGAAGAUGGAGAUAUGAUGACCAGAUGACUAUGAGAAGGUUGGUUGGUUGGGUUUAUUUUAUAUAUGCAAAAUGGCAGAGCUGGGCGGGUGUGGGUUUUGCAGAAGAGGCGAGCUAGCACCUGAUGAUCAUCAUCAUGGGGGCUUUUCAUUUUGCUGCCGCUGGUGCUGGUGGUGUUGAGUGGAUUAAGGAGAAUUGAAUGCUUUGGGGUAAAGGAACAGAAGAAAGUAAAGAUAUUUCUCUACCCUAGCCUAUAGCUUUGCUAGUGGUGUCUUUUUGUACCUAAAAAGCUAAACCCGCCCACACACACCCGUCCCAGCAGCAAUAUCCUUUUUCCAGAAAUUCAUUCAUUAACAAUAACUGCCUUGCUCCUUUUUUAUUAUUAUUAUUAUUAUUAUUAUUAUUUAAUACCCGCUGCCCCCCCUUCCUUCCAUUAUUUCUACUUACAAUUAUCAACUAGUGUGGCCGGAGGAAGGUAAGGUAUAAAAUUUGCUAAUGUAA